AUGCCAGGAAAUGAUAAUAUGAUACCCAUCCCAAAUAACACAGAUGUUGUUUGUUACUUUGUAACGAAACACUCUUGGAGGGGCAAAUAUAAAAGAAUAUUUAGUAUUGGUACUCAUGGUAUCACUACUUAUAAUCCAAAUAGCUUAGAAAUAACCAAUCGAUACUCAUAUAACCAAAUAAUAUCUAUACAAGUGGAUCCACAAAAUGCAGGUGGUUUUGUGUUAUCUGUUCGAGACAAAAAUAAACUUGAUAAAUUUAAAUUUUCAACUGAUUUUCGUUCAAAUUUAUUAACUKAUGCUCUCAAAUUUAGACUUCAAUUUUCUGAACGUGGUCAAGAAGAAAUAUAUAAUUAUGAAGCUCUUAAGUAUCAUUGGUCUGAUACUCGACUUCCAGUGACUAUAAAUGUCACUCCUAUUUCUAUUGAUCAAUUAGAUACUGCAACUGCUCAAGUUCUUGCUAGUUAUCGUUACAAGGACAUUGAAGCUAUUCAACAUGUUGAAGAUAUCCCAGGUGGUUUUGUUAUUAUAUCACGACCUUAUGGAAGAAUGCAUUUAUUCAUCAGCUCAAAUAGAGAAGAAAUAUUUCAAAAAGUCAAAGAAAGAGCUAUGAUAUACUUGCAAAUAUCUAUAGAAUUUUUCCGACACAGUAUAACGCAUGACGAUUUUUUGACCAAAAGACUAGGGCGAUAUAGUUCAGAUGAACAUGUUACAUCUGUCUGCGAGUUUCAAGUAAAAAAAAUUGGUGUUCCUAGACAUCAAGAAUGUCCACAACGGAGAUUACUUUGCUUAAGUGAAGUUUGUUUACUGGAGAGAGAUCCACAGACAUAUACGGUUGUCACAUUAAGACCAUUGUCAUCUGUUUUUGCUUUAAUACGAGAUCCAGUUGAUGCACAACAAUUCUGUAUUGAGUAUGCAGAUUCAUCAUGUCGUUCAUACACUGCUACCAAUAGAGAUUCCCUUCUGGCUACUUUAUUAGAUAGUGUAAGAUCAUCUGGAAAUCAUCAUAUACAUGUAAAACUUUCUCCUACUCCUCGAGAUAAAAGACUUAUACCUUUUAAUGUAUCGCCUGAUCAAGAAAUUGAAUCUAACCAUUUAAAAUGUAUUAAAGAACCUCCACCUAGAAAGUCAUUUGCUGAAGUUUUGGAUAGAUUUAAUGCUAAUAUUGAGUACAGUGGCUUAAUUCAUUCUGUUUCUGAAGAUAAACUAUUUACUGAAAAUAAAGAAAAAUUAAUAGUCAUGGCUCUUACAUCAAUAAUUGCUCAUCAAGGUGAUCAGAACGAGAUUGCUGUUCAUGAACUAGAGGCCCAAUUUCAUGCUUUAAGAAGAUUAUUUGCUACUAAAGCAGGCUUUUCUACUUUUAUCAUGUUACCAGAGCUUAAAGACAAACUUGGAAGAAAAGUGACUCGAGCAUUAAAAAGAGAUCAUGAAGCUAUAACUCAUGCUGCUUUAGAUAUGAUAUGUACUCUUAUGCAACCUAUGCAUCGUGACAGUGAUAUACGGCAAGAACAGCUCAAUAAAUCGUCCCUUUUGGCUACUUCUAGUUUUUUAGAAUCAUUGCUUGAUAUGUGGGUGGAGCAUAUAAAACGUGGAACAGGUGCGUUAGUGGUAUCUGCUAUGCUGGAUAUCCUUACUUUUGCACUUUGUGUGCCCUAUAGUGAAACAACUGAUGGUACACAUUUUGAUACAUUAUUAGCAUUGGUGGCAAAACGAGGCAGAUAUUUAUUUCAACUUUUUCAGCAUCCGUCAUUAACUGUGGUGAAAGGUGCAGGGUUAGUUAUGAGAGCAAUAAUAGAAGAAGGUGAUGCUGAAAUAUCUGGACGAAUGCAAGAAUUAGCAUUAGCUGAAGCAGCAUUACCUAGUCAUUUAUUAACAGCGUUAUUUACUCGUGAUGAUAAUAGACGUAUGCUUGUACAUAGACAGCUUUCCAGGCACUUGGUUGGAUUGUGGGUCACUAAUAAUACAAUUGCUAUGGACUUAUUAUCCCGACUAAUGCCAUCAGGUUUAAUAAGAUUUUUGGAAUCAAGUGAAUCUGUAGAAAUGGAUGAAAAUGAAGAUUAUUUAAUUACUAGAGAUAAUCUAAAACUUGCUCAAGAUCAUGCAACAAAAAAUCAACGAAAUCCCCACUUGGCAGCGCUAGAAAGAAAACUUCGCACUUUAGAGAAAGAAGUAGAAAUUGCUUUGGGUCACUGGGGAGCAUCAUUAGGUUUGGAAAGAAAAGAAGACAAAUUGCAAGUCCGUCCAAUUGUAUUAAGAAGACGUAGAGAAAGAAUUAAAAGUCAAGCAAAUUGGAAAUUAUUUUAUUACAAGUUCAAUAAAAACCAUACUUCCCCUAGUUUAUUAUGGAAUCAUCAGACUCGAGAAGAACUCCAUGAUGCUUUGAAAAAAGAAAUUCAAGCAUUUAAUUCAGAUCGCCAACUUACCACAAAUAGUUUAAUUGCAUGGAAUCAUGAUGAAUUUGAAGUGCAAUACCCUAGUUUACAAGAUGAAGUUUGUAUUGAUGGUUAUUACUUAAGAUUACUUUUAGACGGAAGUAUAGAUUUUGCAAUAAAAAAUCCAUUCCGAUUUUUUUAUGAUCUGUACCAUCGAUUUUUAUUAGCUUUAAAAAUAGAUAUGAAAUGUUUAUGUCUUCAAGCAAUGACUGUGAUUUAUGGACAAUAUUUUGAGGAAAUCGGACCAUUUACUGAUACCAAAUAUAUUCUUGUAAAAUUAGAAAAGACUGUCGAAAAACUUGAAAGAGACAGGUUGCUCUUAUUUCUUAACAAACUUGUACUAAAUAAACAGAAUGUUAAAGAUAUAAUUGAAUCAAAAGGUGUAACUGUUCUGGUCGAUUUGCUAACAUUAGCACAUUUACAUACAACAAGAGCUGUUGUUCCUACACAAACAAAUGUGAUAGAGGCUGGCCAAGAUAUGUUACUCGAUAAUGAAAAACAGUGGUAUUAUGGACUUGGAAAUGGUGAUAAAUCCAAUGGUCCUAUUACUUUUCAAGAGAUGAAAGAUUUAUACAAACAAGGUAUAUUAAAACCUAUGUCAAAAUGUUGGACUCCUGGACUAGAGGGAUGGAAACCUCUUUUUAAGUUAAGUCAGUUCAAGUGGACAGUAUUAGCAAAAGAUCAAAGUUAUAUGAAUGAAACUGACCUAGCGUCUCUUAUACUUUCUAUGUUGAUAAAAAUGUGUCAAUAUUAUCCCAGCCGAGAUAAUGAUGGAGCGAUUAUUUGGCCAAUUGCACGUAUCAGGAGAGCUUUAACUGAUUCUCUUCAUCUGCCUCAUGUAGUUCAACUUCUUUUAACAUUCGAUCCUAUUCUCGUUGAAAAAGUUGCAUAUUUACUGUGUGAAAUUGCAUCAGACAACCCAAAUGCRGCUAAGUUGUACAUGACUGGAGUAUUUUUCUUUUUGCUGAUGUAUACAGGUUCAAAUAUUUUGCCAAUUGCUAAAUUUUUAAGGCUUACCCAUACUUGUCAAGCUUUUCGAAAUGAAGAGGUGCAAAGUGGAGAACUUAUGCAAAGAAGUGUACUUGGACCUUUACUGCCAGAAGCAAUGGUCUUUUAUUUGGAAAACCAUGGCCCUGAAAAAUUUGCUCAAAUAUUUUUAGGAGAAUUUGAUACUCCAGAAGCUAUUUGGAAUGCUGAAAUGAGACGAAUGUUAAUUGAAAAAAUUGCAUGUCAUAUUGCUGAUUUUACACCCAAGCUUCGUGGAAAUAAUAAAGCAUACUACCAAUAUUGUGCUAUACCUGUUGUGCGUUACCCACAGCUGCAAUCAGAAUUAUUUUGUAAUAUAUUCUAUUUAAGGCAUUUGUGUGAUGUUCAAAGGUUUCCAGACUGGCCAAUUAAUGAUCCAAUAACACUUUUGAAAGAUGUACUAGAAGCUUGGAAAAAUGAAGUAGAAAAAAAGCCACCUGCCAUGUCUAUAGAUGAUGCAUAUGUGUCUCUAGGCUUAGAACGAGGACAUCAUUAUGAUGAAGCCACUACUAGAAAAGCCUAUUAUAAACUUGCCCAAGCUAAUCACCCUGAUAAAAACCCUAAAGGACGAGAAAUAUUUGUUGCGGCAAAUAGGGCAUAUGAUUUUCUCUGCAGUAGAAGUCUGUGGGUACAUGAUGGUCCUAAUCCUAAUAAUAUUCUUUUGAUACUUCAAACUCAAAGUAUUUUAUUCUACCGUUAUUCUAAAGAACUUGAACCUUAUAAGUAUGCUGGAUACAAACAAUUAGUUCAGACCAUAAGGUUAGAAGCAAGUGAUGAACAAUURUUCUCUAAAGGUAACAUGUUACUUGCAGCUGCUAGUGAGCUAACAUACCAUACAGUAAAUUGUUCAGCAUUGAAUGCAGAGGAGCUCAAUCGUGAACAAGGAUUUAUUGAUUUACUUGGAGCCUAUUCAAGAUGUGUUUCUGUAUUAAACAAAUCAUCAACACAGACAGAAAUGUCAGUAUUAGUUUGUACAUAUUGCACUCUUUGUUUUAAAGUUGCAUCUCAAUUUCCCAUGUGUCGAGAUACAUUCUCUCAAAUGCCUCAAUUAGUGGAUGAUAUCACUAGAAUAUUGUAUUUCAAGAAUUUGCCAAAAUUACAUUGUGAUGCUGUGGAUUGUAUUUCUGCAAUGGCUUCUGAUUCAAAUCUUCAGAUGAGUUUUCUACAUAAAGGUGCGAUUUGGCAUUUAUUAACAUACAUGUUCUCAUAUGAUUAUACAUUAGAAGAAUGUGGAGUUGAACGGUCGGAAGAGGCUAAUAAUCAAGAAGUGCUUAAUAGAUUAUCUAAGUUAUCAGUAAAAGCAUGUGCUAGAUUAGGUGGAUAUUACAAAGGCGAUUUAUCUACUCCUGAAAACUUAGUAGCCAAAUCUUUGUUUGAAAAAUUACUGACUCCUUAUGUUGCAGAACAGCUUUCUGAAGAAAAUCCGCAUCAAUUACUAAAAACACUUGGCAGCAAUUGUGAAACACCUUACAUGGUUUGGGAUAAUAGUACUAGAGCUGAACUAAAUGAUUUUCUGGAUACUAUGUGUAACCAGAAAGAAUCUAUUAACUUUGAAACAAUUGGUUUAACAUUUUCUAGUCACAGAAAUGAAUUAAUUGUUGGGAAUAUAUUUAUAAGAGUAUUUAAUGAACAACCUCAAUACACAAUCAAAAACCCUAAAGCAUUCUUGUUGGAUCUCUUAGAAUACAUAAAAUCCAAUAAUCCACUUAAUAAUAUUUUAGAUGAAAAACGAGUCAACAGUUUUAUAAUGGUGUUAAACGCACUUAAUAAUUUAAUUUUAAACAAUCCUGGUCUUGAAGUGAGUUGUAUCGGUCACUUUAAUUUACUCUUCAGUUUAUUACGUGUUGAAACUAUUCGAAUAGUACAACAUUGUACUCUGAACAUUAUUUUAACAGUAACUAAAAAUAAUGAAUGUAUCACAGAUAUUGCUAAUUCUGGAGUAGUGAUUUAUGUUUUACUUUGUUUAUAUUCAACACCAUCAGACCAAAUGAUCAUCCUAGAUAUUCUUAUCACAUUAUCAACAUCCUCAACAAUUGUAAAAGAUAUACUUAAUAAAGGAGGACAUUUGUUUGCUGUUGAUUUAUUAUGUAAUGGUGAUAAUGAAUCUGGUCUAAGAGAUAAAAGUGCAAUAUUUUUGAGUCGUUUAAUGACUGAAAAAUUAAGUGGCCCAAGAUUGCGUCUAGCAUUGGCACAAAUUUUACCAUUAGCAAUUGUAGAUACUAUGAGAGAUUUACCAUCAUCUACUGUUAGACUUUUGGAUAAUGAUCAGGAAAAUCCUGAACUUGUCUGGAAUSAAAAAUCAAGAAUUCAUAUUUUUGGAAAUGUGAACAAAAUAUCUAGAGAGCAUUACAUGACACUUCGACAAAAUCCUAAAGGUGUUAUCAAAUUACCAGACACCAGUAUAGUUUUAUCAUCACCUACAAAUGAAAUUGUUGUUGCUGGGGUCUAUUUAAGAUUAUUUAAUAAUAACCCUGGUUGGAAUGUUAGAAGACCAAAAGAAUUUUUAUCUGAACUUCUAGAYACAUGUAUUAGUUCUAUGACAAAAGAAAAGAAUGAUAAAUUAGAAAUAAUUACAACGUCAAUUGUUAAAUUAUUAGAAGCACAACCUCAUCUCAGUGACCAAGUUCCAGCAUUAGGUCACAUUCCUCGUCUUUGUUUUCAAUUAUCAUUAUUGUCCAAUCCUGAUGUACCAAAAUCAGUGCUUUUGAUACUGCAUCAAUUAUCACUUAAUGAGGUAUGUGUUGGAUGCAUAUCUCAGACUGAGUGCAUUGGUCCAAUGAAAAAAGCAAUGCAAGAAAAUUCCAGUUUAAUUUAUGUAUCAUCUGAAACACUCAGUCGAAUGUUUGCGGCAAAAAAAGAUAACCUUGUAAAACAGGCAUUAGACGCAGACUUGAUAUCAUAUUUAGUUGGAUUGCUUGAUGGUCGGUUAGAUGGAGUCAAUGGGAGUGCCAGAGCUAAAGCACAGAUUGUAAAAGCAUUGAAGACAAUGUCUUCAAGUUUGUCAUAUGGUAGUUUAGUCCAAGCACAACUGGAUAAGCUUCCUGCAUGGUCUGCUUACAAAGAUCAAAAUCAUGAUCUAUUCAUUUCAAGUGCACCUUCAAUGCCUUAUUUAAUGGGUGUACAAAGUGUUGGCGGCUACUUAACUGAGGGUCGUUCAAACUCUACUACAAGUAAUGUACCUCCACCAUUGAUUAAAAAAGACUUUUCUCCAUAUUAGCAGAAUUCAAAACUAUAAUUUCUUAUGUUUGGUUUUAGAAUGCAUAGAGUUAGAUUAUAUUUAAAUUAUGAACAACUCUAAAUAUUAGUAUUAAUUUAAUUACUAUUUACUUUCAUUUAUA